CGACGAUCGAUUUCGCCGCCCGCCCCUCGAUGUCGUCGUUCCUCGUGCGAUCCGCAUCUGGCGGCGUUGUCUCCCUCCUGAACCCUUCAGAAGGUGACGAUGAUCAAGGCUCAACAUCACCAACAACUAGUCCAACACAAGAAGCACGAAGUCCUUCUGGAUCUCCACCAGAUUCAAGUUCAAAUCGGAGGGCAUAUCCAUGUCCUUCUUGCCCCAAGAUCUUCAACUCGGCAGGCCAUCUCAAUCGACACCUCAAGAUCCACACGGGAGAGCGUGAGCACGUAUGCCCUUGGCGUGGAUGUGACAAACGGUGUGGUAGAUUCGAUAACCUUGUACAACAUUUCCGUGUCCACUUACGAAACCGGUCAACCACCACGACGAACACGGAGGUGCGCAAUAUGAUGGCGCAAUUACGCAAUGAGAAUAGGAGAGGGCUGCUGGACGACGACAGCUCGUCGUUAACGAGUUUGCAACAAGCCAACGCGGACUAUCAGGACCAUACCAGGGUCGAGGGGACGCCUAGCGCGUCCCAUCCCGUCCCUCCACCCACGUCUGCGUCUCGCCGCCCAGGCUGAAGGAUGAACACGACGAAUGAUACCACUAAUGAACACAAGACCUCGGACUCACGAGUUUACAAACGUGUGACAGGGCGUAUUGUCGGCAAGUGGAGGCGAGGAGAAUAAGCGGCAGCAGGACAUGGACCGCGCGGACGAGUUGGAGUAGACGGGCAUGGUAAUGCGCACACGAAGGACCAUUGACGCUAUGAGCUGUCAGCUCUUGAUGAAUUUGGAUUGUAACCAUUACAAUGUUUUUAUUACACAUGCCCUGUACACAGUGGUUGUAAUUUCAAUGUAGGCUAAUGUUGU